CCACACGAGAAAUCAAUCACAGUGUCACUCUGCGCCUGCAGCUCCAGAGCGCUCUUCCUUGCCCCAUCCCUUCAUUCCUGUGGACAGCGUUCCAAUCGUUCCGCCCCGUGCCGAAGCUGAGAUCACCUUAAAGUCUGCACAGAACAUGGGACAUGAAGACGAGCUAUCCUGAAUAACAAAAAUGGAGCAACUCCAUUCUAAUGUCCGAAAGAGAACUGGCUCUCCAGCUUGCUUCUUACGUGUCUUGUGGUUGGUUGUUUUGCUCCACCACUGCUGCGUUCCUCAGGUUGAGGCCAGGUUGCUCAAUGGCGUCCGGCUUUCCAGCCAGGACGCGUGGACGGUGUGCACGUCACCUUGGCAGCCGUUUGUGCAGUGCACCAUCAAUUCUACAGAUCCCACCACCUUCUCAGGCUAUGGGAUUGAGGUUUUCCGCCAAGCCUCCCUACAAAUCGGGUGGAGAGCAUCUGACUACACAUGGCAGUGUAUGGAUUGGCUUAGCAUGACUGCAGACAUGGUCGCCCCUAAUGGCACUUGUGACAUGACAGCAGCCGACUUCACUUACGAUGGGGCGUCCUUGGAUCAGGGGUUGAAGUUUGGCUACCCCGACGCGCACGACUCGUUCUCCAUCCUUGUGUACGCUGAAGAACAAGUAUCCGGACAUUGGCUCUUCUUACAGCCUUUCCAGUGGCAGGUUUGGGUUAUGCUUCUAGUUGCAGCCGUGCUGGUGGGUGUAUCGAUACAUCUUGUGGAGGUAAUGUCCAAAAAGCACACGUCGCGGCAAAUUCACCUGGAGACCAACACGUUUUUCGGUGAACACGGCUGGUUCGAUUCAAUGUGGAAGGGCAUGGGCCUGAUCGUGAAUGCGGUGGACCCCAUCUCAACUGCCACGUGGGCGUCCCGCCUGGUCGUCUUCGUGUGGUGCUUCAUGAUCCUGUUGCUGCUCACUAUGUACACGGGCAACGCGGCAGCGAUCCUGACGGCGCGCAGAUGGACUUCGAGCAUCCAAACUCGGAGCGAUCUAGUAGGAGCCAACUUUGGCGUUUCCAACGGCGGGUUUGCGGCUUUGGGCAGGCUGGGGGUGUUUCCUACCAUAUCGUAUCCGUGGAGGGACAACCAAGAUUCGGAUGCUUUUUUGGAGGAGCUCCGUCUUGGUCACGUGGAGGCACUCGUCCUCGAUACUGCGUUCGUCCAAUACAUGGCGGCAAUUGACUGCAACUUUCACGAGGUGGACGUCCCUUUCGGGAGCCUGAACUACGCGAUGACGUUCAAUCCGAGUUUCCCCGCCACCCUGGCGGAUAACUUCAGCCGAGCCGUGCUCGACAUGGAGCAAGGCGGGACCCUGGACCGGCUCAGGACGGCCUUCCUCGUCCCCGCCUCUAGUUGCGGUUCUGGAGCAUCUCGCGUGAAUGAGGGGGUCACCUUUGGCCAGGUGUACGGGCUGUGGAUCGUGCUGGCGGGAACCAUUGCGGUGGCUCUGUGUCUAGCAUAUUUAAAGUCCUUGUUUAACAAGAAGCGGCGAAUCAAGAUGCUGAGGGCCAUGCCCGUCUCGAGGAGCUUGAACCGUCGUAGGAAUCUGGCGGAGAGCCCCGCCGGCAGCGUUGAAAUAAACAUGGGGGAUAAAGUGGACGGCGGUGUGGUGCUUUCGAUUAAUCCUGUCGCUGAAGGCGCGCCUGAAGAGUCCGUUAGGGAAAUCGAGGGCAAGGAGGACCCUCCUAAAACUGUUGCAGUAUCGAGUUUCUAGUAUCGAGUUUAAACAUAGCCGGAUUUCCGUGUAGAAUACACAUCAAUCAAAGACUGAAAAGGUAGGGAUCACGCACGCCAUAAGAUCAAGGAUUUGUGUGAACACACACUUACACUGUUAAGGUAAUGCACGACAUAGGCUUGAUUAGAUUAGCUAGAAAAUGUGUUGAAAUUGAAUUUGAACAACAACGUUGAUAUACACUGAAGAACUGAACACUGACCGCACCGAGCACAUGUUAGAGACCCAACCAUCCAGGUGGUGUUUGCAAGUGCCAGUGACUCUUAGCAUUUAGUAUUUUAUAGUUUGUUUAUUUGAAGGCAUGUGCUCGGAGCCUCGGACCAAUCGCAAGCCUCUCUUGUAACAAGUGUUCAGGUUUGCAGUUCUCUUUCUGCGCG